UGAAUGGUAGAUGUUGAGAAAUUGGAAAAGCUGAUGAAAAAAAUUGUGUUGAGAACAGUGUGUUUACUAUUAAGUGACAUCUCAACGGCAGGCCUGGAAAUUGUUCUCUGAGGUGUAGUAAUGAUUUUGGAGGAAUCUGGAAAUACAAGCAAAGCUUCCCUUUACUCUCUGCUGGUCUUGCAUACCUGUCACUACUCAACUUUUCUCUUUUAUUCUUUGCUUUUGCCUUAAUCUCUCUCUCUCUCUCUCUCUCAUAUUCAUAUCCAAAUUUAAAAAUGAUUAUAGUAUGGAGUUGCUUUCUUGGAGUUUGAAUUCAGAUAUUUCAAUGCGUGUUCCUUCAAAGUGUUGUCGAGCUUCCAUCUCAUAACCUCACGUAUCCUUCUCAGUAACAGGCCUCCUUACUUGGUGGUCAUCCAUGGAGGCUCAGAAUGAAGAAACCAAAUCGAAGAUGGAUGAAUAUGAAGUGAUAGAGCAGAUUGGGAGGGGAGCCUUUGGAGCUGCAUUUCUUGUUCUCAAUAAGAUGGACAAAAAGAAAUAUGUACUGAAGAAAAUCCGAUUGGCCAAACAAACAGAGAAGUUCAAGCGUACAGCGCAUCAAGAGAUGAACUUGAUUUCAAAGCUUAACAACUCAUAUAUUGUGGAGUACAAAGAUGCUUGGGUGGAAAAGGGAUGCUUUAUAUGCAUCGUGACGAGCUACUGUGAAGGGGGAGACAUGUCUGAGAUGAUAAAAAAGGCUCGAGGAGUGUUUGUUCCUGAGGAGAAGCUCUGCAAAUGGCUGACCCAAUUGUUGCUAGCAUUGGACUACUUGCACUCCAAUCGAGUUCUCCAUAGGGAUCUUAAGUGCUCCAACAUAUUUCUGACAAAGGACAACGAUAUCCGGCUCGGUGACUUUGGACUUGCAAAAUUGCUUAACACUGAAGAUCUUGCUUCCUCGGUUGUGGGAACUCCCAAGUAUAUGUGCCCUGAACUUCUUGCAGAUAUUCCUUAUGGCUACAAAUCAGAUAUUUGGUCAUUAGGUGGUUGCUGUAUGUUCGAAAUUGCUGCACAGCAACCUGCAUUUAGAGCUCCUGAUAUGGCUGGAUUGAUCAACAAGAUAAACAGAUCCUCCAUUUCUCCGCUCCCAACUGUGUAUUCCUCCUCACUGAAGCGAUUGAUUAAGAGUAUGCUGAGAAAGAAUCCAGAACAUAGACCAACAGCUGCAGAGCUGUUGAGGAAUCCCCAUUUGCAGCCAUACCUUGCUCAAUGUUGCAACCCAUCUCCUGUCUUUCUUCCAGUAAAACCUAUAACAAACUCAAGGGAUACUCCGAUGCUAAGUCGAACUUCUAUCAAGUCUAGUGCAAGCAAAGACAACAGAAACAAAGAGGCAAGAUUUGAUGCACCAAGAGGGCAAGGAAAUUGGGGGGUAACUGACAAGGAACUAUCUACAGUUUCUGUCCCCAAAGCAGAUAAACUUGAGACGAAAAUGGUUGAUCCAACAAGUUAUUCUGAGAAAGCAUCCAGAGAUGAUAAAGUUCUCCAAGGAGGGAUUAGCAAUGGUGAGAUGAUUGUUCAUGGUGAAGAAAAACAAGGCGAUCCCAAUUUCGCCCUAGAAAUGGAAAGCAUUGACACAAAUACAACCUCAGAUAUCAUACCAAUAGGCGGCUACAAAGACAAAGGGCAUGAACAAACGCCUCAACACUCCCAGUCCCAGCAACCAGAAGUGGUGGAUAUCAUGACAAAAGGAGUGAUCAAAGAGGAUAUAUCGGCAAGGGUUACCCCAGAAGUUCCUAGGAAAACUGAUACGGAAGUUGGUAUUGCUACUUCACAAAACACCCCUAAAACAGAAACGUCCAGUUCUAGCUCUAGCUCUGCGGUUGUGACUGGGUCCUCCAACGAUGAAGUUCCAAAAUCAACCAUGCCAACUAUGAGUCAUGACCCCUUUGUAGAACAGAGUUGCACUUUACAGCAAGUGGAGAAAUCUGAUCCUGAUGCAUACCCAACGCGUGCUCCCCCAGAUUGCACUUCAUCAGAAAAUACAGCCACAGUUCUCCCUGGAGAUGAAGUUGGGCUAAAAACAAUUGAUCUUAGUCAGUCAGAACAAACAGGAAUAGAUGAUAUUCAUGAAGUCAAUUGGAUUACCAAUGGCGUCUCACUGACGAAUACACUAACUGCUCUGAAUGGUGAUGGCACAAGGAUCGAGUGGGAUAAUCAAAGCCAGCAAAGAGCUGAAGCUUUGGAGUCUUUGCUCGAGCUGUGUGCACGAUUACUUCAACAGGACAGACUAGAGGAACUUGCAGGCGUACUGAGACCAUUUGGGGAAGAAGCUGUCUCAUCCAGGGAAACAGCAAUUUGGUUGACAAAAAGCCUCAUGAAUGCACAGAAAUUCGGGAAUGGAAACUGAUAUAUCAACAAUAAUAAAGAGGGUCUCUACUUGUGCUAAUGGGCACGCCAAAUUUUAAAUUCAUAUACCAAUAUCUGUAAUAUAGCUUGUUUCGAUCUACAUCGAGCCUUACACUGGUUUACUGUAAAGCUGCCUGUGUUAUUUUACAGUGAACCAUGAAUUCUUCGCUUGUUUGCUGAAAUUGAAACAGAGGUGAAUUGAAUUGUACUGGCAGUUAGAACCGAGUCAAUAAAGCUUCAUGUAGUACUGAAACAUGACAAAAUUAUACUGCGAAGCAAUCUUUUAUAAAACUCCAUAAGAGAAAAAGAGAAAUUGUUAUUGAUAACGAAAUUCAGAACUCAUCUCGACAGUACAGUAAAUAACAACCCAGCUGACAUCCCCACGACGCAAAUAGGAGAUUCGAAUUCUUAGCGAGCUGAAGAGUUAGUGUUAGAAGUUAGAACCUGUUACCGGCUCUGUUUCUCCAUUUUCCUAAAGAAACUCGUUGGCUUCAGCGACGAUAGAGCAGGAAUGCCAAUAAGGACGGGAACGCAAGUGCAAUGAAGCUCUGAAUGGAAACUCCCGUAAUUGGGGAAGAUCGAGUAACGUGGCGUAGGGCCCUCAAUCUCUUUAUUUUGAAAUCCGAAUUUUGACAAAGGCAUUUGGAUUUUUGAUUUUUCAUAAUCCAACUCAUCUCAAAUUCUGAAGACGUCGAGAAAAUCAAAUUACGAGCUUUUCAAGGAUGCAAGACAAAGAUCUGAUCUUGGUCGGGGAGCACGAGUAAUCUCCAGCAAAACUAAAAUGAACGUGUGUGAUGGUUUCUUCUGGUAACGUCAGAACUCCACCAAGGGUGGACGAUGUGACCAAACUAGGUAGAUUGAAGCUCGGAAAUGAGAGAUAGGAGUUUAUCUUUAGAGAAGCCGGGUUAGGGUUCUGGGAGACGGAACAGAUGGAAGAUACAGAAAUCGGAGAAGAUUCAGGAGCUUGGUGACAAAUCCAGCAGAAAUGAAAGAAAUCAUCUUUGUUUGUCUUCUCCUUUUGCUUUUGGCAGGAUUUGAAAAUUCCACCUCCACCGUUAAAAUCCGUUAAUCCUACAAAAUUCCACCCGCCAAAUCUUCGCUCGAGAAUUCUGAAUUCCUCACUUUUUUUGCACUCCUAAUCUAUUUAUGAAUUAUGACCCAAGCCCAACCCAUGUACCUAGUCUUUGGGUUUCACGUUUCAGGCCCUUCCCCCUUCGCAUGUGUUACUGUUAGU